CCUCCGAGACCUCGCAGCCAGCGAUGGAGGCGAGACCCCCCAGUAACAGAGGCGGUGGCGACGGCUGCGGCCGCAGGGUUUCAGCCUCCUCUCAGCCUCGGCUGUAAGGAGCGGAGCUCCAUCCGAUCCACCUCGGGUUCUUACUCCGUGCCGGAGACCUUAGCUUCCACCUGCCAUCAUGGCAACUUCAUCUGAAGAAGUUUUGUUGAUUGUAAAAAAGGUGCGUCAAAAGAAGCAGGAUGGAGCUCUAUACCUCAUGGCAGAAAGAAUUGCUUGGGCACCUGAAGGCAAAGAUAGAUUUACAAUCAGCCAUAUGUAUGCAGAUAUUAAAUGUCAGAAAAUCAGUCCAGAAGGAAAGGCUAAAAUUCAGCUUCAGCUGGUUCUGCAUGCAGGAGACACAACUAACUUCCAUUUUUCCAAUGAAAGCACAGCAGUGAAAGAACGAGAUGCAGUGAAGGACCUUCUUCAGCAGCUACUGCCCAAAUUCAAGAGGAAAGCAAAUAAGGAACUAGAAGAAAAAAACAGAAUGCUCCAAGAAGAUCCUGGUUUGUUUCAGCUUUAUAAAGACCUUGUUGUAAGUCAAGUGAUCAGUGCUGAGGAAUUCUGGGCAAAUCGUUUAAAUGUGAAUGCAACAGAUAGUUCUUCCACAUCCAAUCACAAGCAGGAUGUCGGCAUUUCUGCAGCAUUUCUGGCUGAUGUCCGGCCCCAAACAGAUGGCUGUAAUGGUUUGAGAUAUAAUUUAACUUCUGAUAUUAUUGAAUCCAUAUUUAGAACCUAUCCAGCAGUAAAGAUGAAAUAUGCAGAAAAUGUUCCUCACAACAUGACAGAAAAGGAAUUUUGGACACGUUUUUUCCAGUCUCAUUAUUUUCAUAGGGACCGGCUAAAUACAGGGUCAAAGGAUCUCUUUGCAGAAUGUGCCAAAAUAGAUGAAAAAGGGUUAAAAACAAUGGUUUCAUUAGGAGUAAAAAACCCACUACUAGAUUUGACAGCUUUGGAAGACAAGCCAUUAGAUGAGGGCUAUGGCAUUUCCUCAGUGCCAUCUACUUCCAAUUCUAAAUCCAUAAAGGAGAAUAGUAAUGCUGCAAUCAUCAAGAGGUUUAACCAUCACAGUGCCAUGGUUCUGGCAGCUGGUCUCAGGAAACAACAAGCACAAAAUGAACAAAAUGGUGAACCCAGCCGCAUGGAUGGAAAUUCUGGAGAUGCUGACUCGUUUCAGCCAGCAAUAAAAAGGGCAAAGUUACAAGAGUCCAUUGAAUAUGAAGACUUGGGAAAAAACAAUUCCAUUAAAACAAUUGCACUAAACCUCAAGAAGUCAGAUAGGUAUUAUCAUGGUCCAACUCCAAUCCAGUCGCUACAGUAUGCAACAAGUCAGGAUAUUAUUAAUUCUUUUCAAAGUAUUAGACAAGAAAUGGAAGCUUAUACACCCAGAUUAACUCAGGUCCUCUCAAGUAAUGCUGCUAGCAGUACCAUCACAGCACUAUCACCUGGAGGAGCACUUAUGCAGGGAGGGGCACAGCAAGCCAUAAACCAGAUGGUGCCAAAUGAUAUUCAAUCUGAAUUGAAACACUUGUAUGUGGCUGUUGGAGAACUUCUCCGGCAUUUCUGGUCUUGCUUUCCUGUUAAUACACCAUUCCUAGAAGAAAAGGUAAUGAAAAUGAAAAGUAAUUUGGAACGGUUCCAAGUUACGAAGCUCUGCCCAUUCCAAGAGAAAAUUCGGAGACAGUAUUUAAGCACAAAUUUGGUAAGUCACAUAGAAGAAAUGCUCCAGACAGCCUACAACAAGCUUCAUUCAUGGCAGUCACGGCGCCUUAUGAAGAAGACGUGAGGUGUUCAUGGUUUAAUGAAAUUGAGAAAACUGUGACCUGCAGUGACUCUGGAGACCUGGCCUGACAGACAUGCAGAUGUCCAUAAAGGAGAAAUAUCUGCAGCAUGCCAACUCCCAGAGCAUAUGCUAUUGUACUUGCACAUUGGGAACUGAAGGGAAGGAAGGGACCUUGACUCAACUAAAUGCUGGGGGGGAAGGUAAAUUAAGGCAGAACCAAAUGAGCUAAGUUGCAAAUAUAUUUGAAUAUAUAUUACAUAUAUAUGUGUGUGCAUAUAUAUGUAUAUAAAGACUGUUUACUGCAGUUACUCAGGAACUGCUUUUGAUUGAUAUUAAGCUGCUUUGAGAAAUUU